GCAACGGGGCGAGCUGCUAAAUCGGCGCGGACGGUCGUCAUCGCUGGUGUUCCCCAAGGCCUUCUGCACGAUGACGUUAUGGCAGACAUCCUGGUGAUUCAUUUCCAAAUGUCGAAGAAUAACGGCGGCGAUGUGGAAGAGGUGAUAUACCCAACGUGGGAAGAAGGAGUGGCCUACAUUACUUUUGAAGAUGAAGAAGUUGUAGAGAGCGUUCUAAAGAAGGAUCAACAUCGACUAGAAGACAAGAGGCUGGCCAGAUACUAUCCACUCAAAGUAACCCGCUACUGCGAAAAUGUCUUCGGCUCUGUCACAUCUAUCCUCAACAUGUCUAUUUUCAAAGAUCAAUUUGUCUUAGAAGACCUGAUACAAGAAAUGAAAAAGAAGAGCACAGCUUUGAGAUUUGGUCCUUUGCAACCCAAUGGGCAUAUUUGUGUUCAAGGGUCGUUUCCAGCGAUCAAAUUGCUAAGAGACUUUCUCUUACUGAAGGCAAAAUCCCUUUCAGAGGAGGAAAAAAAAGAAGAAAGUAAGUCCCAUCAGAGACCAAGGAGGAGGCUGCAGCAAUACAGACAUGCCACGGAGAUGAGUAGUUCUGUUCAUGAUGCAGGUGGAGAAAAACAAGUGGUUGUUCUUGACGCAGAUGUCUAUCGGUACAUGAAGUCCUUUUUUUCCAGGACAUUCCUAGUAAACAAUGACGUUGUAAUUUCUGACAUCACCGAUGGUGAUACAACUACGUUAUACAUCGAGAGUGCUGGAAGUAGGUCUGAUGCUGGACGAGUAUUAAGAGUGAAAGAGAGAAUUGAAAAUCAGUCCAUAAAACUCCAUAACAAUUUACGUAAAGAAAGGAUCUCGUUUGAGAAGCAUACUAGAGGUGAAAAGGAGAUCUAUCGGCGGGCUUGUGGACGUAUAAAACCCCAUUACCCGUCUGUUUUGAUCGUUCCUUAUGAUACUCACUUUGAUGUUAUAGGAAAUUCUUCUGAUGUUUUUAAAUUUACAAAGGAAGUGAGCAGUAAGGUUCAGAGCCUAUUUCAAAGAAG